UGCGUCACACGCCCCGCCCUACUUACGCUCUCUCCUUCGCUGCCACUCCAGCUGUCAGACGCCGGUGUCUGAGCUCAGGCCGGUGUCGUAGCCGCCGUCGCUACCGGAGAGCCUAAUGGCGGCUCAUUUCUGUUUCACGGCACCUUGGAACUGUACUCGUGAGGCCUGAUGUGUGCCGACCGGGACUCCUCGUCCUCCCCGGGAAUCCGGGCCCUGCUAGGCCGCUUCCUCCACGGCCUGCUGCAGUACCGGGUGUUCCAGCUGUUCGGGGCCGCCUGGUCUUACCUGAUGGGACUGUCGGGGGCAUCGCUCUUCUCCUUCCUGCCCUCUGCCUGGGUGGUGCACAGAUCGGUCGGACCGGACGAGCUGCCCGAGAUGCUUGAAGCCCUGGGGCUGCGGUCGGGGCCAUGGGAGGAGCUGGAAGAGUGUCUGGAAGAGCUGGGUCCCUGGAAGGAACUUCUAUCUCCUGCCAUGAAAGCCGAUCUGGGGAUCUCAAGUCCUUGGGCUGGGUAUGUUCCCUCCAGCAAGGAGCAGGAGUCCUGGGACAGUGACUUAGAGGAGCUGGGCACCUGGCACAGCACUAUGCAGGCACUGUGGGAGCCAGGGCUGGGCACCUGGCAGGAGCUGGGGGACCCUGACCAAGAAGAAGACCAGUGCCAUAGUAAAUGUGAUGUGGACGAUGAGAAGAACGGUGCCCGGCUUCACCCGUCUCCUCUCAGUAUGGUCUCCUGUAUCUUUAACCCUGGGUCAGGCGGGGUGUUCACUUGGCUUGAUCUAGAAAAUGACCACAACCUUCAGAACAAGGACCUUCUAGAUGAAACCUGUGAUCCGAGCCGGUCCAAAGUGGAAAUUGAACAUAUCCGCAACAAGAGGCUCUGGUUCCUGCAGCAGAACCAGAACCAAGAUGUUCCCACCACGGAUCCCAAGGAAGAUGGACAUGUAAAGGAUCCUGUAGAGAAUCAGGGACCUGUCCACUAUGUUUCUGUCCUUAGUGACCCUGCUCCUCUUAUAAAGUUAGAUGUGCCAGUAUCUGGCUGGCAUGAUGGACAUGAUCGGGAUGUUUCUCCUGACCACCAGCUAUUGUCAGACUAUCAUCUGGACCAGUGCAAUGGCCCGAAAUCUGCAAGCACUGACCCUGAUCCUAAACCUUGUCACCCUCUUUCCCUACUGGUUCAAAAGCCAUUUAUUUCAGACAACACCCAGACUAAAUACCCACCGAGUCCAGAUCAGGACCAAGGAUAUCACAGUUUGGAGGAUUGGCAGUGCUUGAAUAUUAAACACAACCUUCAGUCAGGAGGUAUCUCGCCCCCCAAUGUCUGUGAAUCAGUGCGGGGCAGUGACGGAGCUCAUGUGCCUACAGAACUUUCAUGUACGGCUGUGGAAGACUGCGAGGUUGACCAGGACAGUGAUGGCUUGGACUCUGAUCUAGAGGAGGAAAUCCAUGCCCCUGCUCCUCCUGCUUGCACUAAUAAACACAUUGGCUAUAUUUUAGGUACAGUUGAAAGUGAUGACGAAGAGGAAGACCCUAGUUCGUCAUGUGAAGAUGAUGAUUGGGAUGAGGAUGAUGAUGGGUUUGACAGUGAAGGAUCAGUAUCUGCCGCAGAAUGUGACCCUCCUGUCCCUGAGGAAGUUGUGCUGUGGAACUCUUUUUGUAGCGCCGAUCCUUACAAUCCACAAAACUUCAAAGCCAGUUUACAAACUGGUCCCGUUGCUGAGGUGACUGGCCACCCUGAGGAACAGGAAGCUGUCAUUUCUGAGGAUGAAGACUCAUGGUGUGACAGUGAUGCUGUGUCAGACAGUGACAGUGAGGACGAAUUUAGAGCAGAUGAACAGGAAAGCUUAAAACUGUGGAAUGGGUUCCUUAGAUCUGAAGAUCCCUAUAACCCCUUAUACUUUAAAGCCUCAGUACAAACAUCUCAGAGAAUCAAACAGAACAAUGACUCUGUCCCCAAACACUUAGAGCUUGUUUGUACGAGUGUCUCAAGUUGUGAAUUGACUGUGCCCACUCACCCCAGCGAUUCCCAGCUCUUACGGUUGAGCAAGAAGCACAGUGUGUCCAUGGAGGAAAGUGCCAAUGUUGGUCAUAAAAAGGUGACCUUCUGCGACAAAAUAACCGUAUAUUAUGUCUGCAAUGAAGAAGAACGCAAAGGUCACUGGGAGGAGUUUGCCCGGGACCGCUGCCGGUUCCAAAAGCGCAUCCAGGAGACAGAGUGUGUGAUUGGACGUUGUUUCACCCCUGACCACAGGCAAUGGGUGCGGAACAGAAUGCAAGAAAUAUGGGGCAGCUAGCCCCUCCCCAUUUUAAAUCAACAGACUCUUUGCAGAAGUUUUUCUCACAGUUACCAUUCUAUAUUACAUACCUUUUUUUUAGAGAGACGGAGACGGUAAACCCAGGAAAUGAACCUACAUUCUAAUACAGGACGAGACUAACGGCCCAUGUCGUCUUCUAGUCCCCUAUACCCUUGCUUAGCUUUGAGCAGCCAGAAUAAAAUAAAGAGGCCAUUGCCAGAAUCCUGUGCAUAAACAGUGCACUUUAGGUUUACGGGCCACAGUAUCCUGAAUUAUUUCAAUUUACGCAUUUAUACAUCUUAUGGAUUCUUAAUGAACAUCGCAUAUAAAUUAUUUUUCAUAACAUAAUGCUGCUUCAGCUUUACAUAUCUGGAUUCAUUGCUUUUCUUUGGUUUUGUUCAAUCCUUAUCCUUAUAGCACUUUGUUUAUCAGAUAAUCCUUAUUUUAAAUAUUGGGAAACAGAGGUUCAGUAUUUGGCCAUGCUUUGUGUGCAGGAGUCUUUAAUGUGAACAGCGCAUACGUCAUGUACUUCCUCUUAACAUAACACUUCCCGCUAUCCAAAGAGAAACUAGUUGUCUAUUCACGGCCGGACUGAAAAAUGAGAACAAACCUGCUUUCAUUUCUUUGCAAUGCAAAUAUAUGUAGGAACUGUGGCUGGAAGCAAAUGUGUCGCGUAUUAAGAUUGCAAAAAUGUUGCCCAUAUCACAUUACCCAAAAAUGUAAAAAAAAUUUUUUUUACUACAAAAACCAUCAUCUGUAGUGAUAUACAUUGUAUAGCUGUAUGACAUAAUGCGUCAAUGGGAUGCCAAACAAUGAUUGGCUGCAUUCACGACCUAACCAGUUUUAUUAGCAAAGAUCUCCCAGAAUAAAAGUGCUACAUUCUAAGUCAGUGUUUCCCAACCAGGGUGCCUCCAGCUGUGGCCAAACUACAACUCCCAACAUUCUGGGAGUUUUAGUUUUGCAGCAGCUGGAGGCACCCUGGUUAGGAAACACUGUUCUGAGUGUUCAGGAUUGUAAUGUUCCAUUCUUUAAAUGCAGACGCAUUUAUAUUUAACAAGCAGAUCUACUUAGAGUCUAAGUAGUUAAUGAGCUGUUUACUAGGGAUCGACCGAUAUUGAUUUUUUUUUUAGGGCCGAUACCGAUAAUCUGUGAACUUUGAGGCCGAUAAUUUAUACCGGAAUAUAUCGGCAUAAGUUAUCGGCUAUUUUGGAUGGAUGUGGCUUUCCGUAAAACCAUCUCUAGGAAGAUAUCCUAAAUAUGCAGGUUUUUGCCCUGCAGAACUCUCUUUGUAACCAAAUAUCACAAGCUGGCAAUAGUGAAGCGCUUAUUUUUAAGGGCCUACACCACAUACCCGAUUUAUUAAUUUUUUUUUUGUUGUAUAACAGCUGAUUUUUUUUAGAAGCAAUUCUAGGAAGAUUGCCUAGAACUGUUUUAUAAAGAGUGUUCUCAAGAUCACAACAUCUGCUCUACUCCUACUACCAAGAAAGCUAUUAUUCCGGACUUGUAGACUACGUGUCCCAGCAUGCCCUCUUCCUGGCCGUCAGCAAUCCCUAGAAAAUUAGCAGCAUGCCGACAUUGCUAUGUAAGAAGUGCAAUUUGACUUUAAGGGCGGGGGGUCGUCAGGAUUAGUGAAACAUGGCUGCAUUAUUCCAGAAACAGUGCCACACUUGUCCAUGUAUUGUGCCUGGUGUUUCAGGUCCACUCUAUUGAUGUGAAUUAUUUUGAGCAGCUAUUGCACAUCCAACCUGUGGACCGAUGUGGUGCUGUUUAUGAAAGAUAGCAACGCAUAAAAUUUUAUUAAUAUAGGAAAAAGUAUCUAGUGCCUCCAGCUGUUGCAUAACUACAACUCCCAGUAUGCCCGGACAGCAAUUGGCUGUUCAGUCAUGCUCAGAGUUGUAGUUUUGCAACAGCUGGAGUAACCCUCGUUGGCAAACACUGCUCUAGGGCCUUGUUUAUAUAUAGCGUUAAAAUUGUCAGCAACAAUUUUUGUUACUCCAUUAGAAAAAAAAAAAAGUACCUGGAUGUGGAAAGGAAUUGAGUAUCGUUGAGUCUAACAGCUUAAUUCCCAAAGUUGCCAACCCACAAAAGAAUGGAUUGUCCUAUUUCCAUGAUUCACCAUACACAUCAAUUCUGUUUUUGGUCAUAAACCUGUCCCAUAUAAAAGGCAAAAAAUGAAAAUGUAUUUUUAUAUUAACUGAGGUGAAUCACAAGCCAGAGUGACUAUGUAUUUAAUUUAAAAGAUCUAUUUCUUUGUAUAAAAAUCUAAAAACUAAUCUGUUAAUUUUAAUAAACAUCUGCAAGA